AUGGGACCAUUAGAAGAAAAACUUUCAGGCCAGACCAAGGCUAGUCGCUUCGCAGUAUUUAUUCGAAGAGGGAAGAAAAUUAAAAGCAACGUUUUUAAGAUAGUAUUCCAGGGAACCACUUUAAUAUGGUUGACGCUGGCAUGGGCGUCUCUGGCGUGGGUUACGUCCCUCGAUCUCUCAAUCACUUCUUUCGGCUCACGGGUCUAUCCGGAACAUAAUAUUCAUGAUGGAGAAAUGUUCGAAUACAUAGUUGUGGGCGGGGGUGCUGCGGGUGGCGUGGCGGCGGCUCGACUAGCGCAAGCAGCACGUGGUGUGCUGCUUUUGGAGGCGGGUGGAACGCCGGGCCUGUUGACGCGGAUACCAGGUUUAGGCGGGGGUCUCAUCGGCUCGGCUGCGGACUAUUACUAUCCAACGCAGCCUAAUGGUCGCUCUUGCCUAUCAUCUAUCCGCCGUUUCUGCCGAUUUAGUCGUGGCCGUGUGCUCGGUGGCUCUACUGCCAUCAAUCUAAUGAUGUAUACGCGUGGUCACCCCGAGGACUACGACUUCGGCCUGCACGGCUGGACCUGGCCAGAAAUUCGUCCAUUCUUCUUGCGUUCUGAGGGACUACAAAAUCCAUAUCAGUUACCGAUGUCAUCAGCGUCUCAUCACAAUACGGAGGGCGUAGUCCCUGUCGGGUUUUUCGGAGACUCGGAAAACCCAUGGCAAGUUCGCGUCUUCAAAGGUUUUAACUUUCUAAACUUUACAACUAACCUGGAUUUAAAUGCCGAGUCCCAAAUCGGAGUGUCUCGAGUGCUAUCAUUCACGUCGGGCGGGGAGCGCGUUAACACUGCAGAGGCAUACCUGCGGCUGCCCGGUGUCGCGCCACACCUGCGCCUCGCUACACAUUCUACCUGCCUUCGUGUGCUCAUUAACGAUGUUGGAGAGGCUUUUGGGGUCGAAGUCGCUCGGAACGACCGAACUUACCGGAUUUUUUCCCAACGGGAAGUUAUUCUCGCGGGAGGGGCCAUUGGCUCGGCAGAAAUUCUACUCAGGUCCGGCGUCGGGCCAGCGGACCACCUGCAGCGACUUAAUAUCCCGGUGCGGGCAGACCUACCGGUCGGGGAGGAUCUCAUUGACCACGUCGCGCCACUAGUAUUCAUAUCGGUGAACGAAGAGGCUAAAUCAUCGCUCCGGAUGAUCCUUUCUAAACUAAAGGAAGGCAUCCGUUGGAUUUCUAUGCGAGAUGGACCUCUCGCCACAUCAGGCUUAUCGGAUCUAACGGCUUUCCUUAAUACAGAAUGUUACGACUUCAAAACAAAACAAUUGAGAAUCGAUGGUAAUCAAUGCGAUCGACCUACUGUGCAAUACAUACAUUCGUACCUUGAGAGGGGCUUUCUGGGCGCGGGAAGAUCUCUAUACGAGCGCGUAACGCGUCACGAGGCGGCUUUCGUGAACCAGGUCGAAGCUGUCAACGAGCGACAAGCUCUACUGCUCGUAACGGCAGUGGUACUGCAGCCUAAGUCACGCGGCUAUGUGCGCCUCGCGAGCGCGGACAUAUUUCAAGCCCCACUAAUUUGGCCCAACUAUUUGGAAGACGAACGGGACGUUGAAGAAGCUGUGCGUGCUAUAAGAAUUCUGGACGAUUUGACACAGACACCAGAAUACAGGAACUAUAACGCGUCAAUACUAAGGCCUAAGCUACCAGGGUGCAAAAUGCUGGAGAGCACAGAUUAUUGGCGGUGCUACGUCCGCCACAUGACGCUUGCGGUGCACCACGCGACAGGCACGGUGGCUCUGGGGCGUGUAACGGAUGAGCGAGGGCGCGUGCGGGGAGUGCGGGGGCUCCGCGUGGUAGACGCGGGGCUCUUUCCACGACCGCCUUCCGCCAACACCGCAGCCGCCGUCAUUGCACUAGCUGAGCGCAUCACACAAUUCGUUCAACAAGACAAUACAUCCGUGUCGCAUUAUAUUGACAGAAAAUAA